AUGAAUAUCGAUGAACAAGAACAGAAAUUUCGUGAGAAUGUAGAUUGUCAAGAUCUUACAGAAUCGGAUGAUAGCCUUAUGAAUCCGGCAAUAGAAGAAGCUCAAAAUGUUGAGAACUUUGAGUGUUCUUCAAAUAUUAAUCAAGGUCACUCGCAAAAUUUUGAUCAAUCGAAUAAUCAUAAUUACUCAUUCCAACCAGGGUCAAAUAAGACAUGCAACACUAACAGCUAUAGCAUGAGCCAUAACGUAAAUACCCAGAAACAAAAUUUAUCCAAUUAUAUUGAUUCACCAUUCGAAGCUGAAAAUCAAUAUUACCAAUAUUCAAAUAAUGUAGAUGAUAAACUACAUAACAAUUUGUUUGCGAAUAAUGCAAGAUAUCAAUCAGGUUUAAUAGAUUUAAAUAGCACUAACAGUAAUAGUGAUUUUGUUCAUGAACGUUACAAGAAAAUGGCUCUAAUUACCUUCCAAAUCAAUAUAAUUAUAGUCAAUGACUCUCCACUUAGUAAAAAUUUUAAAGAAGUUAAAAGACAACUAAGUGUACCUCGCAACAAAUCCUCACCACUUAGUAAAAAUUUUAAAGAAGUUAAAAGACAACUAAGCGCACUUAAUGAAAAUUACCCUCCACUUAGUCAAAAUUUUAAUGAAGAUAAAAGACAACUAAGCGUAACAUAUAUGACAAAUGAGUCCUUUAGUGAUUAUCAUGAUUCUGACGGGAUUACUAUCUCUAAUAAUCAAAGGUUGAUAUCUAUUCAUGACACUACUCAAAUGGUAAAUGAUUCGAAUAUGAAUCUUGAAUUCGAUCCUAAGUACCAUUUUCGUGAUGCAAUUGAGGCUGAACAGAUGAUUUAUGCAAAAUAUCCUAAUAUUCAACAGAAACUAGUCGAGGCUGUUCAAAUUAAUCUUAAGACUUGGAAAAACUUGAAAAGACAAUACAUGUUUUCAACAUUAAUCACAAUCGAGGCAUAUGCUACGACAGAUGAAACUAAUAAAAUGAAUGCUCAGAUUGGCAAUCUCGCGCUUAAUACAUUUUAUAAUAUGUUUAUUGAUAAAGAACAUGAUGCACACAGACUUGUUAAAAAGCAUAUUAAAAAUGUAUGGGAGCAAGGAUGGUUUAGUUCAUUAUUUUCCAUGUUCAAUCAUCAAAAUUUAGCAAUGAAUUUCUUACUACCAAAUGUAACAAGAUGUAACAAGGCAGAACAACUACAGAUUAAUAUUUAUGAAACUUGGCUAGAGCAAUCUGAUCUUUUUAACUUACAAGAGAAUGAUAUGCAUAUACCUCAACCAAUUUUAUCAGCUAAGCUACAUAGUUCUUCUAGAGGUUGCUGGUGCAGUGUACUUGGCGACGCCAAUGGUGCACCACCUGGCACGCCAAUCUUGGGUUAG